ACAUUACGUACUUUUAUCGCGAUCGGCGCUAAACCGUAGACAUUCCAGGCGACUACUCACAGCUAAAACUAAACAUGAAGUUAUUUCGUUACGAUCAGGCGGUAAUGGCCACGGCCAGUGUAGCGCCGGCCUGUAGAAGCAACACUCGUGUGUGAAAAGCUAAAAAAAAGUUGUUCGUGUCUAUGGACGCGGCGGAAAAGCGCGCGCUAGUUCUGCGUUCGUUAUUUAAAAAUUGAAAAAUUAAAUGGAAAAAGAACUGUACAGUCAGUGUUAUGAUUUUUUUUAAUCCUGCUUCCAGGCUCUGGAUUCUAACAAUUUGAGAGUGAUAUUAUUUUGUAUUAUUUUAUAACGCACAAAAUUAUUUUAAUAUUUUAAUUAGUGUUAAUGACAAUGUGCUUUUAUGAAAGUGAGUCGAAUGUGUUGCAUUGAUGGACCUCAAAUGAACGGCCGUAUUAGUUUCAAAUUUUAUGUAUGAUUUAUUCAAAUUCUUGGACAAAAUUACUUUUGCUCGUGGCAAUUGAAAUGGUGCUGUGUGGGGCAGUGGCGGGCGCAGGCGACGUGAUGGGAAACGCGAGCCGCGUGCGCCGCGCUCCCCACGCGCACCGCGUGCUGACGGACGAGGAACUAGACGCGACAGCAGCGUGGAAGCGCUCGCACUGGCGCGAGAUGCAGUCCAUCCUGAGGAAGGAAGGUUCCAACCGGGACGUCGAGUGCUGUCCUUCAAUACCAGAAAUGGUCGCCAAGAAAGGCGGCCGAACGCCCACCGGUCUCUAUGUAGAACUGUACGAGGACGGUGAAAAUAAACAACGGCUCUACGAGCUGUCAUGCGCUCCUGGAGUGGUCGACAAGCCUUGCAGAUUCGUCGACGCAAGGUUGUACAACCAAUCCAGAUGCGUCCAAAAGUAUUCUUACUCCUACGCUCUCGUAAGGUACUCGUCUGCGACUGAGAUGCCUCAAGGGCACCGACCUGAAGGACACUUUUCCGUGCCAGGGUCAGGAGGGUGGUCCAUGGAUUAUGUAAUAGUGCGUGCGGGGUGUGAGUGUCAAAUAACGCCGCCGAAGCGUAAAAGUGCCCAUAGAAAGAGACUGGAGCGACACAGGCAGAGGAAGAGGAAUAGACGCUUAGAGGAGGACGACGAUACUUGAUGUGUUUAGUGUCUAACCAGUGGACUUUGAACAAAUUGCGGAAUUCCCGAACUUAGUUUUUAGUAGGUCGGUCGCGGCAUCUGAUUGUUUUGACGCUUUUACGAGAAUUUCAAUUGAUUCCUAAAUUCUUUCGUGCAACCAAUCUCUUAUGUUUUAUUGUUUCAAUUUCAGCAAGUUAACGUUGACAUUCAUUGAGUUUUUCGACUUUAU